AUGGAGACUACUCUGUGUCCUAUACUGAGUCUACCGACAUCACAAGACCUGACCUAUCACUGUGUAUUUCAGAAGUUUAAAGGCAAUGGCUAUGGAAAAUAUCCAGACAGUUCAAGGUCUGGCUCAGGGCCGAGGAUGAGUGGAAACCAGUCCCUAUGCACCAGAUUCACACUUGUGGCAUUUUCCUCUCUGGCAGAGUUACAACCCGUGCUGUUCGUGCUGGUCUUAGCCAUUUACUUGUUCACAGUGGGAGGAAACCUCAUCAUCAUCAGCUUGAUCAGGGUCACCCCUGCCCUGCACACACCCAUGUAUUUCUUCCUGGUUAACCUCUCCUUCCUGGAGAUGUGCUAUAUCACCAGCGUGGUGCCUCAGAUGCUGGUGCACCUGCUUGUGGAGACCAAGACCAUAAGCGUGGGAGGCUGUGCAGCCCAGAUGUACGUAUUUAGCAUCUUGGGACUGACAGAGUGCUGCCUGCUGGCAGCCAUGGCUUAUGACCGCUUCAUAGCUAUCUGUCACCCUCUGCAUUACACGCUCCUGAUGGGCCCUCCAGUGUGUCUCAAGUUGGCUGCAGCCUCGUGGACCACUGGGGUCGUGGUGGAGGCAGCCCAGAUCACAUGGAUCUUCACUCUGCCCUUCUGCGGAACAGGAGAGAUCCAGCACUUUUUCUGUGACAUCAUGCCUGUGGUGAAACUGGCUUGUGUUGACACCUCCCGUAAUGAGACUGUGAUGUUUGUUCUCGCUGUCCUGUUCAUUAUGAGCCCCUGUUUCCUCAUCCUGUGCUCCUAUGCGCGCAUUCUGGUGACCAUCGUGAGAAUCCCCUCAGCAGCCGGCAGACGCAAAGCUUUCUCCACUUGCUCUUCUCACAUCCUGGUUGUGUCUCUGUUCUAUGGCACUGCCUUGUUCACCUACCUCCAACCAAAGACUGCACACACUCCAGCAUCAGACAAAGCAACGGCACUCAUGUACACGGUGGUCACGCCUGCUCUGAAUCCUGUUAUCUACACCUUGAGGAACAAGGAAGUGAAGGAAGCCUUCCAAAGACUAACGCACAGGAGCCCUCUCAGCCAGGUGGCCUAA